GGGGAAGCGCUGGUAGGGUGAUGCCGAGCCAGGCCUGGCCUCCUGCGCCUGACAGAGAGUCCUAAUCUUGUUCUGGCAACGGUGGCGACUGCGGAUAUGGCUGAGUCCUCGUCAGUCUCCGGUUCUGCCUUCAGCGCCGGCAGCGUUUCCUUGCCGCUCAUUGAAUCAGAACUGUACUUCCUCAUUGCUCGCUUCUUGACCACUGGGCCUUGCAGGAGAGCAGCGGAGGCGCUGGUGCAGGAGCUGGAACAGCACCAGUUACUUCCUAAAAGACUGGAUUGGAAAGGCAAAGAACAUUGUAGAAGUUAUGAAGACUUGGUCUUAUCUAACAAACAUGUGGCUCCAGAUCACUUGCUGCAAAUUUGUAAACGGAUUGGCCCUAUACUGGAUAAGGAGAUUCCACCCAGCAUUCCAAGAGUGAACUCCUUACUGGGUGCAGGGAAGCAGUCCUUACUGCGCACAGCAAAGGAUAGCAGAAAUGCAGUUUGGAAGAGCUCAUUCAUUGCUGCCCUUCAUAGAGGAAGACCCCCUGAAAUACCUAUUAAUUGUGUCCAACAACCAAAUCUUGUGGAAGUAAAUUAUGCAAAACAAUUAACAGGAUGGACAAGAUCCAGUUCUUCAUUCCCAGGAAACAUGUAUCAACAUAUAAAGAUGCAUAGGCGAAUACUUGGUCACCUCUCUGCAGUUUAUUGUGUAGCAUUUGAUAGAACCGGACACAGAAUAUUUACUGGGUCAGAUGAUUGUUUGGUGAAGAUUUGGUCGACCCACAAUGGCCGGUUAUUUGCUACACUUAGAGGACAUUCAGCAGAAAUUUCUGAUAUGGCUGUGAACUAUGAGAACACAAUGAUUGCUGCUGGCAGCUGUGAUAAAGUUAUCAGGGUAUGGUGCCUCAGAACUUGUGCUCCAGUUGCUGUUCUACAAGGACACACAGGAUCCAUUACAUCCUUACAAUUUAGCCCAUUGGUGAAAGACUCCAUGCGAUACAUGGCCUCCACAGGUGCAGAUGGAACAAUUUGCUUCUGGCAGUGGGACACAAGUUCUAUGAAAUUCAAUAACAGGCCUCUGAAAUUCACAGAAAAGCCUAGACCUGGAGUUCAGAUGCUUUGUUCUUCGUUUAGUAUUGGUGGAAUGUUUUUAGCAACUGGUAGUACCGAUCAUGUUAUCAGAAUGUAUUACUUCGGUUCUGAAACACCUGAAAAAAUUGCAGAGCUAGAAAGCCAUGCGGACAAAGUUGACAGCAUUCAGUUUUCAAAUACUGAUGAUAGGUUCAUAAGUGGCAGUAGAGAUGGAACAGCCAGAAUCUGGCGAUUCCAGCAAGCUGAGUGGAAGAGCAUUUUGUUGGACAUGUCUGACAAAUUGCCUGGUGAUUUGUGCUCAGAAGAAGAGAGAUUUAUGAAGCCCAAAGUGACCAUGAUAGCGUGGAGUCAAAAUGAUAAGUUGGUGGUUACGGCAGUGAACAAUCAUCUGCUCAAAGUAUGGAAUUCUUAUACUGGGCAGCUGCUUCAUGAUCUCACAGGUCAUACAGAUGAAGUAUUUGUUUUGGAACCCCACCCAUUUGAUUCCAAGAUCAUGCUGUCUGCAGGCCAUGAUGGCAAUAUUUUUAUUUGGGAUAUAACAAAAGGCAUCCAAAUGAAGCAUUUUUUUAAUAUGAUUGAAGGACAAGGACAUGGUGCUGUAUUUGAUUGCAAGUUUUCAUCAGAUGGACAGCACUUUGCCUGUACGGAUUCUCAUGGCCACCUCUUGAUAUUUGGCUUUGGUUGCAGUAAACCUUAUGAAAAGAUUCCUGAUCAGAUGUUCUUCCAUACUGACUACCGACCACUGAUUCGAGAUUCUAACAAUUAUGUCCUAGAUGAGCAGACUCAACAAGCUCCUCAUCUCAUGCCCUCACCAUUCUUGGUCGAUGUGGAUGGAAACCCUCAUCCAACAAAAUACCAGCGGUUGGUACCAGGACGAGAGAAUUGUGCAGAUGAGCAUUUGAUUCCUCAGCUGGGAUAUGUAGCAACAAGUGAUGGAGAAGUGGUGGAGCAAGUAAUAGGUCAACAAACUGCUGAUCAGGAUGAGCAAAGUCUAGAGCCUAGCAUACUUGAUGGCAUGAUUAGACAGUUACAACUACUACAAGACCAAAGAAAUGGCACAGAUCAAGACAUCUUUCCACAUGUGCUACAGAAUGGAGAAGAAACACCUAGAAGAGUCUUUCGGAUGCAUAGCUCGGAUAUCCAGUCCCCACCUAAUAUUGGCUUGCGGCGUAGUGGUCAAGUUGAAGGUGUGCGCCAGAUGCAUCAGAAUGCUCCGAGGAGUCAGAUUGCCACAGAGAGAGAUCUCCAAGCUUGGAGGCGGAGAGUAGUUGUUCCAGAAGUAACAUCGAGCAUAUUCAGAAACCAAGAAGAAUAUAGGAUUGCAAAAGGUGAAGAAGAGAAAUGGCUGUAUACAACAGAACAGAAAAGGAAGUUACUUCAGUCUUCGGAAAGGAGUGACUCUGAAGAUUCACUGAUACAGUCCAAGAGGAGACUUUAUAGACGUAAAUAUGCAGCAUGUCAAACACGAAAUAAUAUUGAGCGGUCUGAUUCUUCUAGUGAAGAAGCCGAUGACUGUUCUGGACUUAUAGAACAGGAAGUAGAAGAAAGUGAAGGCUUGAGUUUGUCUUCUCAUGAGGAAGAAUGGAAGAGUGAUAAGAGAACCAACAGUAAUAGUUCCAGUAGUGACUCCUCAAGCAGAUAUUCUGACUGGAUAGCUGAUGCAGGGAUUAAUCUACAGCCUCCUGUUCGAGCUUCUCGGCGUAAAGCUAUUAGAUACUGUAGUAGCUCUGAAGAUGAAGCAUCACUGGAAUUAUUAUCUCCACCAAGGAGGAGGAAAAAAAGAAGGAAAAAAGACAAAUCCAAUAGGCAUGAGGAGGAAGCAAAAGAAAAUGCUCCAACCCAAUCAGUGAACCUAGAAUCUGCCUGUGAUUUUCACCCUCCUGAUUGGAUAACAGACACAAGACUCCGAAGAUCUCCUUUUGUCCCUCAAAUGGGUGAUGAGGUAAUAUAUUUUCGACAAGGUCAUGAAGCUUAUCUUGAAGCAGUGAGAAAAAACAGUAUCUAUGAGUUGAAUCCUCACAAGGAGCCAUGGCGGAAAAUGGUUCUUCGGGAACAAGAAUUGGUAAAAAUUGUUGGAAUACAUUAUGAAGUUGGCCCUCCUACGCUAUGUUGUCUUAAGCUUACUCUUAUGGAUCAUGUUACCGGGCAGCUUCAGGACAAAUCAUUUUCUCUCAAGUAUCAUGAUAUGCCAGAUGUUAUUGACUUCCUUGUAUUACGUCAGUUCUACAGUGAAGCACGACAAAGAAACUGGCAGCCCUAUGAUCGCUUUCGUUCAAUUAUUGAUGAUGCAUGGUGGUUUGGAACUGUGUUGAGCCAAGAGCCAUAUCAGCCACAAUAUCCAGACAGCCCUUUUCAGUGUUACAGUGUUAAAUGGGACAAUGGUGAAAUGGAAAGACUUAGUCCAUGGGACAUGGAACCAAUUCCUGAGAAUGUAGUUGAUCAGCCUGAAGAAUUAGGAGCUAGUGUUUCUGUGACUGCUGAAGAAAUGGCAAAAUUAUUGUACAAACCUCAAAAAGAAGAGUGGCAGGAAAAAUCCCAAAAUGAAGAAUGUGAACGGAUUAUUCAUGGAAUUGAUCAACUUCUGACACUUGCUAUUUCAGCAGCGUUUGUUGGUCCUGUUGAUCUGAAUACCUAUCCAAAGUACUGUACAGUAGUAGCUUAUCCAACAGACCUUUGGACUAUUCGGAUGAGACUAGUCAACCGAUUUUACAGGAGGCUCUCUGCAUUGAUUUGGGAAGUAAGGUGUAUUGAGAGCAAUGCCAGGACCUUUAAUGUGCCCAACAGUUCCAUCACUAGAUCUGCUCAGAAGAUCACAGAUCAGCUCUUAGAAUUCAUACGGAAUCCUAACUGUACAGAUAUUUUUGAGCUGUGUGUUGCAACAAACAAUGAGGAUAGCACUGAUGCUGAUGAUUUGGAUGAUGAAGACACAUAUAUGCCACAAACACCUAGAAAAAGAUGGUCUUUGAAGAAGACAACCAUGGUGAAACCCAGUUAUGAUGAAAAUGGUUGGAAGAAGCAAUGUAGAGAACUUAUAAACUUAAUUUUCCAGUGUGAGGAUUCUGAACCAUUUAGACAACCUGUUGACCUUGAUCAGUAUCCUGAUUACAGAGAGAUCAUAGAUACACCAAUGGACUUGGGCACAGUGAAAGAGACAUUAGAAGCUGAAAAUUAUGAUACUCCAAUGGAAUUAUGCAAAGAUAUCAGAUUAAUAUUUAGCAAUGCUAAAUCAUAUACUCCAAACAAAAGAUCCAAGAUAUAUAGUAUGACAUUGAGGUUAUCUGCUUUGUUUGAAGAAAAAAUAAGAAGAAUCAUCUCAGACUUUAGAACAGGCCAAAAACACAACAAAAGAUUGCAAAGAAGUCAGAAAUGCAAUAGGGGAGGGCAGAGUCAAAGUAAAUCUUCACAACAUUCUAUCAAAACACUCAGAAAUACAAAGCAGAAGCAAGGUAAAUCACAGCCAAGAAGCCAGUCUGAGGCAGAAGACUCUUCUAACCAACAUACUUCAAGCAGAGCAUUGUGUGUUACAAGCCAUAAAAUUAAUGCUAGUAGCUCCAGCCACAGCAUUCCUGGUAUAUCUUCUGAUUCUACCUCUGUGUUGUCUUUUGGGAAAAAUGGACGAACAAGAAGUACAGCCAAAGUGCACAGUUCCACAUUGUCAUCAGAAAGUGAAUUAGAACAUUCAACAGUUACUUCGUCUUCAAGUAGUUCAGAGGAAAGCAAAGAAAGUUCAACAGAGCUCUCCUCUCCUGUAUUACAUAAUGGAAUAUCUGGGGGGGGAAGUAAUAACUUCCGAGUUACUAGAAACCGAGUAUACCAGCAAAAACAAAUGGAUUCUCAGCAGUCUGGAACUCUCCAAAGAACUACUAGAAGAAGAAUGUAUGGGACAGAUACUGAAUGUUCAGCAAAGCCUUGUGAAAGUUUGAGCAACAGACAUGGAAGGCACAGAAAAAUUCCACGCAGGAGUGCUACUGUGGCAGCUAAUAAACUAAGACUGAUGAGUGAUGUAGAAGAGGAGCAUUCUAGCUCAGAAAGUGCUGGUAUUGGGAGCAAAAACAGAAAACUGCCUCAUCGCAGCGCUUCUGCUGCAGCAAGAAAAGUGUUGCUAAAUGUUUCUUACAGUUCCGUUCACAGUGAAAGUGAUAAGGAAGUAAAAGAACAACAUAGCCGAAGGAAAACUGUUGAACCUGGUUCUGCUAGCAAUGCCAUUAGAAAAAGGCAUAUUAGUGAAUCUGAAAGUGAGAGUUCAAAUUCUGAAAGGGGCAUACAAAAAACAUUAAAGAGCUGUCAUGUUAAUGGCCAUAAGCAGCCAUACAGAGCUGCUUGCUGUGCAUCUCCCAGAAUAAAGCCCACUGUAGAAUUUUCAGAAGAUGACUCUAAAAAUCAUACUUCAGAAGAUGGGGAUAUUCAACAAGCUUUUGAUCGUUCUGCACACAAAAGUAAAUCCAAGAGCAACUCUGAGGCAGAUUCUGAACCAGACAAAUGCAGUGACUUACCAAAAAAGACUUUUAAAAAGGCAUUAACUCCCUAUAGGAAAGCAAAAGUUUUAAGUGAUUCAGAGGAGACAGCAGAGUCUGGGGAAGAGGAAGAGGGAAUUACUCUUCCAGAGAACAGAAGAGCUAAAACUUUAAGACAACUUGAUGAUGGCACAAAGUGCUCAUCUAAUUUGGAAUCCGAAACAAACUCUAAUAGUAGUAACUACAGCGAUGAGCCAAAAGGAUGGAAAGGGAAACCUGUCAGGAAAGAAUGUGUCAUCCAGCAGAAUGGACAUAACAGAAAAUCUGCCAGAAAAAGACCACAUGAAAGUGAUUCUCAGAAAAAAGAGGGAACUUAUAAAAUGCAAAAUACUGAGCAUUGUGGUUACAAAAGGUUAUCACGCAGAAAUCCUACUCUGACAGUUAAUAAAUUCAAGUUCACAAAUGAUGAGGACCUGUCAAACUUGGAAGCCUGUGGGGGUAAGAACAGAGGUCUUCCCCAUCAGAGUGUUAUUUCUGCAGCUAAAAAGACAUUUGAUAGUUCAAGGGAUGGUAAUCAGCAGUCUGCUUACAAAAUCAAUGAGUGCAAUAAUAGGAGAGAGCUCUCUGCGGCUGGUUCAACCUCUAUUUCUUGUAUACGGAGAUAUAAUAGUGAAUCUGAAGAGAGUUCAGAUUCUGAAAGUACGGGAAGAAACAACAGGAUUGUUAAAACUCGUAAGCAGCAGCACAGAACUGCUGGUGAUGAAUCCCUUAAAAAAAAAUCCAAGGUGGAAUUUUCAGAGAGAAACUCCAAAAGCCACGUGUCAAAGGAUACAAGUCUUUCCCACGUCUUAGCUUAUGCACCUACACAGAAUGCUAUAAGUAGUUCUGAAUCUGAAAUAAAUACUGAGGUGGAAAAAUGCAGAGAAAAAGUUGAGAAGCAAAAAAACUAUAAGAAGACCCCAGCUUCUUCCAAUAAAUCAAUAGGAAAAAAUUGCAUUGAAGCCACAACAGAAUCUGAACUUAAAGGAGGUAAAAGACGCUAUCUGCAAGACAGCAAGGAGCCUUCAAAAAGCCUGAAAUCUGGAUGCACAGCAUGCUUACCGAAUGCAUCCUAUUCAGAUAGUAGCAACUACAGUGAUUCCACAAAACAAAAACAUGUGAAAAAGAAAGGGAAAACAGAAAACAUUAGAAAAGCUUUUCAGGGAAUAAGGCAAAGUCCAAUAGUACUCAGGAACAGGAAAAGCUACAAAAGGUAUACAGAAUUGAAUAGUGAAUCAAUGAAUUCCAACAUUGUGAAAGGGAGAAAAAAUCCACGCCGAAGUGCUGCUGUGGCUGCUAGUAAAAUUAAGCUCAUUAACAUUACAAAGGAAAACUUCCCAAGUCCAGAAGUUGAAGACUCUAAAUAUGGAACCCAAAGACUUCCACACAGCAGUAUAUCUUCUGCAGCCAGAAAGUUAAUACUGGAUGAUCCACCUUCUCCCUCCGAAAGUGAAAUAGAACUAAAAGAAUAUGAGAUGAAAAGAAAACAAUUUCAGACCAAUUCUUGCACAGCUAGAAAAUCUACUGGGGGAUCAAACCAGAAACAUUUGGACUCUAAAAAAGAGUGUGUGGUAAAUCAAAAGAGCAGGCAAAGCAAUAGUUCAAGAAAGUCUCUCAGAACUGUGGGUGGUAGGUCUUCUAAAAGAAAAAAGUGUGUAGAAUUUUCAGAAGAAGGAUCAUCUAAUAGUCUUACAUAUGAAAAUCAGAGAGACUCAAGCCAGUCAACAUCUGCAAAUAACCGUAACAUAUCAAGAAACUCUUUAGCAGAUUCUGAAUCUGGAAAGAGGUAUGGUGGUAAAAAUGUCAAGAGCAUAACAGAGGCUGCGAAAGAGAAAAAGCAAGACAGUAGUUCUUUGUUAAAGCGCAGGAAACUUGGAACUUUGAGAAACGCAAAAUCUGAACCUGAUGGCUCUUCCAAUUGCUCAUCUGAUUCAGAAUCUCAAACAGAGUCUAAGGACAUUAACAAUAGCAAGGAUAGAACAACACAAAAGAGGAAAAGGAGAGUCAUUGCAACAGGUAAAAAUAUAAGUGACGGUGUCUCUGAACCUUCCAGAGCAUACCAGAGAAGGAAGCGACCAAAAGUAAAUGAAGAAAAUGAUUCUGAAGAACUAGAUUUCACAAAAUAUCAAAGAGUGAAUCGACGUUCCAAAAUAAGAACUAGAAAUAGAGGAAAGAGGACAGUAAGAUAUGCAGAUGAUGAAGAUGAUUGUGAAAUGUAACCCGACAGUGAUUCUAGAGUUGUUCUCUUCCUAUAAUUCAGGGAAUAUAUAUAUAUAAAUAUAUAUAUAUUUUUCUAUGAAAAAGUUAAAUAUGGAGACUCUCCUUUUCAUAUUGUGAUUUUGCACUUGCCUGCCUUUGUAGCAGCAUUUAGCACAUAUGCCAAAAUGUGCCUCAUUAUAGGGGCAAAACUUAACUUUAUUGGUAUUUUGCUAAAUAUGGUAGUAAAUGAGGGUGUAUGGGAGUAAACUACUAAGCAACAUCUUAAAAGCUGUAUGUUUAAAUAGUAUUAUAGGUGCUGCACAGAGAUACUACCUAUGUCGUUCUACAGUAGUGUGUUCCAAAGCCGAUAAUUUGAACAGUUCUGUUUGAGAUUUUAUAAAUCAGUUACAGACUAGCAUCUAAUACUGUAUAUUAUAUACAAAGUGGAUACUGGCUUAAGAAUAACAUACAAAAUGGUUCCCAUCCCAUGCAAAUAAUAUAACAGUUAAUGAGCGGUGCUAGCGAUUUCCAAAACACGCCGCUUGAAGUAAUUGGUAAUAAAAUACUUGCCUAUUUAUAAAUAUGUGGAUAGAGGAUUUUGCUUUCAGUUACAAUCUUUUAAUAUGUGGCUUCCAUGCUGUACAUUUUGGAUCACUGAAUACAGAUGAUCACUUGAGCCUAAGAUUUUUUGUGUGUGAAUGUUUUGUUACAGAAAAAAAGCAAAAUUUUAAGUAAAGCUUGUGCUUUGUGGGGUUGUUUUCAAAAAGGAUUAAAACUUUCUAAUAUUAAGAGUGCUAGUAUUUAAGGUGUUUUGCUAGAGCUUGAUGCCUGAUUACUUAAGAUUUCAUUCCUUGUAACGUAGAUCGUUGGUGCACUGAAAUUUCACCACCACCUGAUUUGUCAAAGUACAGCACCUUCAUGUUAGUGGUGUUUAGGCUGGCACUGUUGAAAACAAAUGAUCUAUCUUUAAUGUUGCAUAUCAAGAAUGGAAAGUGAAUGGUAUUGUAUAACUGUCUAAUGGUGAAAUGUUGCAAUUUCCUUAGUAAUACCACUCUGCCUUCUCUGGGGGUGUCUGGUAUUCAAACCUCUUCCCCUCUUUUCCCAGGGAUUACCAGUUUGUUUCUAGUGUGGCCCCAUUUGUUUUAAUUUUGUGAACAUUCUACACUUUUGCGUUAAAAAUAACAGUCAUUGUUAUUCCUAUGGGCCUCCUGAGAUUUUCUUCUGAGAAUUAUUAAUUCAGUUAAAAACAAGCAAGUGAAGCCCAUUAUGUUGGAAUGUUUAUUUUGUCUUCCACGUCUUGAUUUCUAAAGCAAAAACUCCCCAAAUAAAACAUGUCUAUUAAUAAGAA